UGCAUGUCGAUCCUGGCUAGCUAGCUAUAGCUUUAUGACUCGAACCUGCCUGGACACCCAAGGAUAUAGAUAGACACCAGCUCCCAAAAUACCGCUGCGGAUCGCUUUGACGAAACCGCUGUUCAAUCCUUUACGACAAGUUCUAUAUACGAAGCGCACCUCUUUCGUGCGUCUAGCCUCUUCACUACCUCUGCAAACCCAUUUCGCCAGUACAAAGCAAGACACCUCCAAGAUGGCUAGUGCCGCCGCUGCUGCUCAGUCCGGCGACACUUUGGAUCUGAAAAAAACUGCCAAGCGAGACUACCUCGUCGAGCUCGAACGCAAGGCUCAAGCCGGAUGGGCUGAGAAGAACCUCUUCGAGAUCGAUGCUCCUACUCCGGCUAGCACCUACCUCGAGUCGGUCUCGGGCAAGGCACCCACGCCAUCCGAGAUCCGAGCUCAGCAGGCCAAGUGGAUGGGAACGUUCCCUUAUCCCUAUAUGAACGGAUCUCUGCAUUUGGGUCACGCGUUCACCAUCAGCAAGAUCGAAUUUGCUUGUGGUUUCGAGCGAAUGUUGGGCAAGAAGGCCCUGUUCCCUAUGGGAUUCCACUUGACCGGUAUGCCCAUCAAGUCGUCGGUGGACAAGCUGAUCCGAGAGAUGGAGUUGUUCGGCGAAGACUUCUCAGGUUACAAGGACCCGGAGGACGUUGACGAGGCUAUCCCCGAGCCCACCGCUCCUCAAGGCCAGGCCGACGUCGCCGCUCCCGCUAAACCGGUGUCGAGCGACCCUUCCAAGGGAAAGAAGGGUAAACUGGCCGCCAAGAGUACCGGCUUGCAAUACCAGUUCCAGAUCAUGGAAUUGAUUGGAAUACCACGAGAGGAGAUCAAAAAGUUUGCCGAACCCGAGCAGUGGAUGAAGUACUUCCCUCCCAUCGCCAAGAAUGACUGCAACGCCUUGGGAGCUCGUAUCGACUGGAGGCGAUCGUUUGUCACAACCGACGUGAACCCCUACUACGAUUCUUUCGUUCGGUGGCAGAUGAACGAGCUUUAUGCUCAGGGUCGAAUCAAGUUUGGCGAGAGGUAUACCAUCUACUCGCCCAAGGAUGACCAGCCUUGCAUGGACCAUGACCGUUCGUCUGGUGAGGGAGUCGGACCUCAGGAGUACACCGCUAUUAAGAUGGAGGUCUUGGAGUGGAACGAAACCGUGCCCCAGAAUGUCAAGGACGCCGUAAAGGGCAAGAAGGUCUCUCUUGUCGCUGGAACCCUUCGACCGGAGACCAUGUACGGCCAGACCAACUGUUUCGUCGGAACCGGCAUCACUUACGGUGUCUACCAGGCCUCCGAGAACGAGGCUUACGUUAUCUCUGAUCGAGCUGCUCGAAACAUGGCUUUCCAGGGCAUCUUUGAGGAGAGGGGCAAGACCGUCAAGCUUGCCGAUGUGACGGGUCAGGACCUCGUCGGGACCAAGGUCUCCCCUCCCUUUGGCUUCCACAAGGAGGUCUAUGUUCUUCCCAUGGAAGGUGUCCUCGCUACCAAGGGUACCGCUGUCGUUUCGUGUGUGCCCUCGGACUCGCCAGACGACUACGCAACCCUCGCUGAUCUUCGAAAGAAGCCUGAGUACUACAAGAUCAAGCCGGAAUGGGUCGCUGCCGAUAUCAUCCCUGUCAUCGAGACACCUAACCACGGUAACUUGAUCGCAGAGUCUCUCGUCCAAAAGAUGAAGAUCAACUCGCAAAAGGACAAGGUCCUGUUGGCUGAAGCCAAGGACGUCGCCUACAAGGAGGGCUUCAAUCACGGGAAGAUGUUGGUCGGAGACUUCAAGGGAGAGGCUGUCCACGAUGCCAAGCCCAAGGUUCGACAACAAAUGAUCGAUGCCAAGCUGGCAUUUGCCUAUGCGGAGCCCGAGAACCAGGUCAUGAGUCGAAGCGCGGAUGAAUGUGUCGUCGCUUUGUGUGACCAGUGGUACCUGGACUAUGGUGUAGAGGACUGGAAGGCUCGGGCUCAACUCUUGCUCGAUCGUAUGAACACUUACUUCCAGGAGACGAGGAACGGUUUCCAGGGAGUUCUCGAUUGGCUCAACCAAUGGGCCUGUGCUCGAUCUUACGGUCUUGGUUCAAAACUUCCUUGGGACCCUCAGUUCUUGGUUGAAUCGUUGAGCGACUCAACCGUUUACAUGGCUUACUACACCGUGUCCCAGUUCCUGCAGGGUGGCAACAUCUUCGGAAACGAGACUGGACCUCUUGGUAUCAAGCCAGAAGACAUGACCGACGACGUUUGGCGAUACAUCAUGCAAGGGAAGGAGCUGCCCGAAGAUGCGGCCAUCGACCGUGAGAAGGCCGCUCAGCUCAGGUACAACUUGGAGUACUUUUACCCCAUGGACAUCCGGUCAUCAGGAAAGGACUUGAUUCCCAAUCAUUUGACAUUCUGCAUCUACGUCCAUUCUGCCAUCUUCCCCGAGGACAAGUGGCCGCUUUCCAUGCGUGCCAACGGUCAUUUGAUGUUGAACGGGAAGAAGAUGAGCAAGAGUACUGGUAACUUCUUGACCCUGAGCGAGGCCGUGAAAAAGUUCGGUGCCGAUGCCACGAGGCUGACUUUGGCCGAUUCGGGAGACGAGAUUGGAGAUGCCAACUUCGAGGAAUUGCUUGCAAACGCCGCUAUCCUGCGACUUCAUACAUCCAUGGAAUGGGCUUCGGAAAUGAAGCAGGCUCGCGAGCAAGGCAAGAUGCGUUCCGGGGAUUUCAAUACACACGACGAGGCCUUCAAGCUCGAGAUGCAGGCUCUCACGCUCCAAACUAAAAACGCGUACACCGCUACCUUCUACAAGGAAGCGCUUCGAACCGGAUUCUACGAAUUUGAGACCGCGCGAAACUGGUACCGCGAGGUCACGGCUCCUGAGAACGGUGGAUCGGGGAUGCAUGGCGAUCUGAUCUUCGAGUGGAUCAAGACCUUGGCUCUGCUCACCCAACCCAUCAUUCCCCACUUCGCCGAGUUCAUGUGGCGAGACAUCUGUCAGGAGCGUGGUUCAGUGCAGGAAGCGCUCUGGCCCGAGGUGGACGGCGCCGAGAACGAAGCCGUGCUGAAGCAACUCGAGUACAUGCGUGGUGUCAUCGGAUCGAUGCGAUCGGCUGAGGCGACCAUGGCCAAGAAGAAGAGCAAGGGCAAGACCGUCGCGUUUGACCCCAGCAAGCCUCGUAGUGCUAGAAUCAUCGUGGCCACGUCUUAUCCGGCAUGGCAGAGCAAGGUCAUGGACGCUCUGAAGGCAGAAUACCAGGCGAGCCAAUCGGAGGGUCGAGCAAUCGAUGACAAGAAUCUUCGAGCGGCUCUCGAGCAGGCCGGAUUGCUCAAGGAUAAGAAGGCCAUGCCGUUCUUGCAGACCACAAAGAGAUCCCUCCAGCAGAGCGGACCUGUCGUCUUCGAGCGCGCCUUGCCCUUUUCAGAGUUUGACGCCAUCAAGUCGAUGCUCCCUUACAUCAAGGCUCACAUGAAGUUCAUUGAGGUUUCCGUGGUGUCGCAGGAAGAAGCGCAAAAGCACAUCGAGCAGCACGGCGAGGAUGCCAAGGCGGGAUGGGAGCCGACCAAGGUCGAAGCGGCGCUGCCCACUUCGCCAGAAGUUGUAUUCUGGAAUGCCACUUGAGCGCGCGAACAUACAAAUCCGUGGGCCAAACCCGCGGCUGAGAUCGGGUGGAUACACAUCGAUCGCAGUUCAGAACUCCCCUGCACGUUCGAUUUGAACCGUAAAUUCCUUGUCAGAUUAGCCAGUUUCGGCAUUUGCUUUUGAUAUUGGUGGCUGCAUGGCUGGUGAGCUGGUGACCAGCGCCGAAGCGAGAUUUGUACGCUUUCUUCGGCGUUCCGUUAGCACGCAUUUGGCUUGUUCUUGAAUGAUUCACAUCGGUUCUACGCGU